GUCUCGUGUCUAAUACCCAAACCCUCGCGUCCCCCAACUUGCAUUGCCUUUCUCCCUCGCGGCGCCGGCCUGCACCGGGCGCUGCCCCGGCAUCUCCAAAGCCUUGAUUACCGCCUCGCGUCCGUCUGCAACUUCGAAUCUCGCCGUCAUCUGCUAAGUCCUGCCUGUUUCCGGCCAUCUGGCUCUCCGCCUUGCCGCAGCGUCGCCGCUUUUGUAGAGGAAGCAAAGAAGUGUGGAUCUAGAUUCACCGUCCCUUAGACUUCUGCCUGAAGAUCUUCGAGAACCACCUACCCACUUUGGUUCUGGUUCGCCAUGGAUUUCGAAUCGAAGUAUGAAAUAUCUAGCACCGUGGAUUUUAUUCGCAGAAGGAACUUUACCAGAGUUGCGUUGCAGUUUCCUGACGAGCUGCUGAAGGACUCGCCGCGUGUGGCAAUGGUCCUCAGGAGCGAACUCGGGAAGGACGUGCGCUUGUAUGUCAUGGCGGAUGCAGCCUACGGAAGCUGCUGCGUCGAUGAGAUUGGAGCCUCACAUGUUAAUGCUGAGUGCGUGGUGCACUAUGGGCAUGCUUGCAUGAGUCCAACGUCAUCUUUGCCAGCUAUGUUUGUGUUUGGGAAGGCUUCUAUCGAUGUAAAAGAUUGUGUCCAAUCAUUAAUUCAAUGUUUAUCAUCUAGCAACAAGUCGAUUAUGGUCAUGUUUGGUCUUGAAUGUGCACAUGCUCUGGAGGAUCUUAAAGCAAAAGUAUCUGAAUCAUUAAUUUUGGGUCAGUCUCACCCCAGUCUUAAAGUUGUUUAUGCAGAGGUUGCUGGUUUAGUGAUAGAUCCAUAUGUGGAUUCUACAAAAGAGAUUGAUCAAGUCACUUCACAGUCUAAUUCCAUGUCUGAUGCUGGUUUCAAUGUUAAUGAAGAUGAAAGAAAGAUUUUUCAAUUUAGCAACAGAAAUAAAACAGAAUCUGGUACCAGUUAUUGCCUUGGAGGUCUGACAUGGAAUGUUCCAGAUCGCAAAAUAGAGGACUAUUUAUUGUUCUGGAUUGGUCCUGAUAACGCUGCAUUUAAUAAUGUCAUGCUGACAUUCAACAAUUGUGAAAUAAUCAGGUAUGAUACUGAUAAAAGAUGCUUGCUGAAGGACUUGCCCCAUCAACAACGAAUUCUUAGGCGCAGAUAUUACCUUGUUGAGAAAGCAAAGGAUGCAAACAUUGUUGGCAUAUUGGUUGGCACAUUAGGUGUUGCUGGUUAUCUUCACAUUAUUGAACAAAUGAAAGAACUGAUCAAGAGAGCUGGGAAAAAGUCAUACACACUAGUAAUGGGUCGACCAAACCCUGCCAAACUUGCAAAUUUUCCUGAGUGUGAUGUUUUUGUCUAUGUAUCUUGUGCCCAAACUGCACUUCUUGACUGUAAAGAAUUUUUAGCUCCAGUGAUCACUCCUUUUGAAGCUGUAUUAGCUUUUAGCAGGGGAAGGCAGUGGACAGGAGAAUAUGUAGUGAAUUUCCAAGAUCUUAUAGCUUCUAAUAUAUUCGAAGAGGUUGAAUGUGCUGAAGAAGCUCGGUUUUCCUUCAUCAAAGGUGGCUAUAUGGAAGAUAGUCAUCCUCAAGAGAAUGACAAAGAGCAUGACGGAAGUUCCUUAGCAUUGACAACAAUCACAGAGAAGGCACUAAGUCUGCAGCACCAAAAUCCGGAUUCUAUAUUGUUCAAAGGAAAUGCUAGAUCUGGAUCAGAGUUCUUUGCUGCUCGUUCCUACCAGGGUCUCAACAUGCAGUACGAGAACCCAGCUCCUCCUUCUUAUGUGAUGGGCAGAAUAGGCAGGGCAGCCGCUUAUGUGGACGAGAAAAGGCAGGCAGAAGGCUCACCUGGUGUCGUUGACUGACCGUCACAGUAGCAGUGGCUGAAUGGACGAAUUCAUGCACCGAGAAAUCCUGCAUCAAUUCAUCUGGUGCCGUUGAACAACAAACAAUUCAUGCAACAGCUGUGUCUGUGGAGCAAUCUCAAUCCUCCAAAGCUAAGAAUCUUUUUCUUGGAGAGUAAAAGGUUGUGUCAGAGCUUUGCUUGAGGUAAGCUGAAAGCUUCCAUGGGUGUGUUGUAAUAUUUAUUGGCAUGAGCUCAAAAUUGAGUUAUUUCCAUUUACAAAGGGUUUCAUAAUUUAAGAUUGUAAAUAACUUCUUUUUUUUUUUUCUUUCUUUUGAUAGAUUGGAUGUUCAAAGUGCCUUCUCUCUUGUUA